AUGGGCAUGGAGACACACAGGUAUUCACAUUGGUACCAUGGACCAGAGAACCAGAGAAUUCUCCACAGGUCCAAGAGAGACCAUGAGAAGCUUUAUGUGAAAAACAACCCAGUUCUAGGAUCUCUACUAUAUACAGAUUCUCAUAAAGAAUAUUUCAAACACAACACAGAGUACAACCAUCAACAAAUGCGUGCUUUGGACAACUCUACACAUUACAUGGCUGAAGAAUCAAAGUGGGGUGGUGAAAAGCAAACAAGAGAAGAGCUCCCCCUACUGGUCUGGAGAGGAGAUGCAGAAAAACACAAUCACCACAUAAACUCUAGCACACACUCUAAAUCAUCCUCUUCUGCUCUAAGUGUUCUCCAUCGCUUUGUAGAAGGUUCGAUGGUGGAGCUUGAGGGUGGUCGACUGAAGCGUGUAGAGGAUUUAAAGAUGGAGGAUUUGGAGCAGUGUGCUGAGCUGCAUCCUGAGCUGAGAUUGAGCCGUUUUACUGUGUUGAACAUCACACCCUCACAUGCACCUGCACUGUCGUGUUUACAUGUGAAGCUUGAGCAUGAUCACUCACAGUUGUCUCUGGAGGUGAGUGAGGAGUUUCCCUUCUUUGUAUGUGGACGUGGCUGGUCCUCUUGUAACCCUCACCAUACGAGUCAAACCUGCAGACUGCAAUGCCACCAACUUAAGGUGGGUGACAUAUGCCUGACACUGACACAUGUGUCCGCCCCACGGGCAGAGCCUAACAGUCAGAGCCAAGCUGAGGUGAGAAGUGGUCACAUGGUCCCAAAGUGCCAAACCGAAAUAAAGACCACACUGCUGAGAAAGAAUAAAUCACGAAAGAGACACUUCACAGCACCUGAGUUCAGGGAAAUGUCCAUGGUACACCACGUCAAAGAUUAAAAGAAUAAUGGUUGCAUUAUAGCUAUUGUAGAAU